AUGUCAGGUGGUGAAAGCGGCCAAUUCAAGCCCGUGGAAGAGAAGCAAGCUCAAAGCCUGCCCGGCCGAGAGCAAGAUCUCGCGCCAAAGAGCGAGCCCACCAAGUUGGAAGGCAAAAAUGAUUUCCAGGAGUACCGUGCAGCUAAGAAGCUCGAAGGAAGCAAAGCUCUAAUCACUGGCGGAGACUCGGGCAUCGGCCGGUCCGUGGCCGUCCUAUUCGCCCGAGAGGGUGCUGAUGUGACAAUCGUCUAUCUCCCAGACGAACAGGAUGAUGCUGAAGAGACAAAGCAGCUCGUUGAGAAGGAGGGCAAAGACUGCCUGCUCGUUGCUGGAAACCUUAUGGAAAACGACACUUGCAAAAACGCGGUUCAGCAGCAUGUCGAUAAAUUCGGCAAGAUUCACAUUCUGGUCAACAACGCUGCGAAGCAGGUUAUGUGCGAGGACUUUAGGGAUAUCAACCUUGACGAUGUGGAGAGCACGUUCCGCAGUAACAUUCUCCAGAUUUUCGCCAUCACGAAUCUGUCCACCAAUCUUGAAUUACACCCCCUAUGGGGUGCCAAGCUUAAGGUGCUUUCGACCAGGCUUUGUGAUCACACCAGUGAAACCGUGACUGACGGGAGCAGCGAUGGUGUAAUACAGCUUGGAGAACAAGCAAUCGCUCCCAUUGUUCAGCGUCUUCUGCAAGGCGCUUUCAAGUUGUGCAUCCGAAGCAGCGGGCCAAGUCCUUUUGAGAUGACGGAAUGCAGAUCAAUUGAUGCCUACUUGUCUCUACUGGUGCGAAAUAUAAGUCUGAACAUGAUGACCUUGCACAUGGGAUCUCAUGAUUCAAGUACACGGACUCCUGAAGCACUGAAAGUCCGAUGGCAGCAUGUGUGGAAGGAUGUCGAUCUUUUCAUGUCUCCCCUGGAGGACUUGGCACCUCAAGCACCGCCUCGCACUUGA